AUGUAUGAAAUGGACAGUGAGAUGGGAGUGGAUAAGAGCUAUGGUUUGCAAGUGUCAGCACCACAACCAACUAUUGACGACGUGCUGCAGUACUUGGAGAGCAACCCCAGGGCUGCACAUAUCUCUCCUCACGUAUAUGGAUCAAGUUGCAGAGCGAGAGCAAGCGCUCCAGGAUCAGCUGGAGUUGUACGAAGCUUUCUCAGGAGAGGGGAGGAAGCAAUGGAGCCGGCAUUAGCGGAGCUGGUUAUCGAUAAGGCGGAGGCAAAUUUGGCACCUCUUCCCAAAGACAAUGGCGAAUAG